ACACACACACACACACACACUCUCUCUCUCACUCUCUUUUCGUCUUUCCUACUCUCUCGCUCUCUCUCUCGCGCGCUGCAUGGAGCGAGAGGGGGGAUUGGAAAGGAAGAAUGAGGAAGAAGUCCGCCUUGCUGCGCGCCUCGUCCCAACAAAUGCGGGUUUGCUGAUGAAGCGCCGCGCCGGUUAUCCGAUCGUACAGGUCGCGCUGCAUGGAAACGAGGAGUAGGCAACAUCAGAAAACAACAGCAACAGAUAAAAAUCUGUCAGUGCAUGGGAAUCCGGACACCUCUCCCUUUCUCUUUUGCGUCUCAGUCGGUGGAUACGCCGCUUUGGCUGGCGUAUAAGAGCUCCCUGCGUCUCCAUUUCCAUUCCCCACUACUGGCUUACCUCUACUAGCCUACCACUACUACCACUCCUCCUCUUACUCAUUGUACUGCUAGUCUCGCUUUUUUAGGCUACUACUGACUGUCUCCUCCGUAUUGUGGACUCUCUCUGGAUAAAAAGGUUCAAAAUCCUCGUUAAUCGUUACUUCACAGUACUGCUUUGGGCAUCAACAUGGGUCGCUGGGAUCAGUCCUCCCUCCUGUCCCCUGCCCUAAGGCUAGCUGUCGUCAGUGUUAUUCUCCUCCUCGAGCUCCAUCCUUCAUUGGCUGGCGCUCCCCCUGAGCAGAGCUUGGGUGGCUCCGUUUCAGCUGUAUCAACUAAUAAAACUGAAUGCAGCAAAGCUGAGGUAUGCCAAAAGGGUGUGAUCCUUCCUAUUUGGGAGCCCCAAAACCCGUCAUUUGGUGACAAAGUGGCCCGAGCAACAGUUUACUUUGUGGCUCUGAUCUACAUGUUCCUGGGUGUGUCAAUCAUCGCAGACCGUUUCAUGGCAUCAAUAGAGGUCAUCACGUCACAGGAAAAGGAGAUCACCAUCAAGAAACCCAAUGGGGAAACCACCACCACCACCGUUCGGAUCUGGAACGAGACUGUCUCCAAUCUCACCCUCAUGGCUCUGGGCUCUUCGGCUCCUGAGAUCCUGCUGUCCGUCAUAGAAGUCAUAGGUCAUAAGUUCCAGGCUGGCACACUGGGCCCCUCCACCAUUGUGGGCUCUGCGGCGUUCAACAUGUUUGUCAUUAUCGGGCUUUGUGUGUACGUCGUGCCCGACGGCGAGACAAGGAAGGUCAAGCAUCUCCGCGUCUUCUUUGUCACGGCCACCUGGAGUAUCUUCGCCUAUAUUUGGCUCUACCUGAUCCUGGCCGUGAUCUCACCAGGUGUUGUGCACGUGUGGGAGGGGCUGCUCACUUUCUUCUUCUUCCCCAUCUGUGUGUUGUUUGCCUGGGUGGCCGACCGCCGUCUGCUGUUCUACAAGUACGUGUACAAGCGCUACCGCACUGGCAAGCAGCGUGGGAUGAUCAUCGAGACCGAGGGAGACCGUCCACUUCCUUCCAAGGUGGACAUUGAGAUGGAUGGGAAGAUGCUGAACUCUCAUGGUGUUGACUUCCUGGAUGGUACGCAGGGUUUGGAAAUAGAUGAGAAGGAUCUGGAUGAGGAGGAGACCCGGAGAGACAUGGCUAAGAUCCUGAAGGAGCUCAAGCAGAAACACCCUGACAAGGAGGUGGAACAACUAAUUGAGCUGGCCAACUACCAAGUCCUGAGCCAGCAGCAGAAGAGCCGCGCUUUUUAUCGAUGCCAGGCCACCCGGCUGAUGACAGGUGCUGGCAACAUCCUGAAGAAACAUGCCGCCGAUCAGGCACGAAAGGCCGUCAGCAUGCAGGAGGUCCGCGCUGAUGCUGGUGAUAACGACCCCAUCUCUAAGAUCUUUUUUGAGCCCUGUUCUUACCAGUGCCUUGAGAACUGCGGCACAGUGGCGGUGAACGUGAUGCGACGUGGUGGCGAUUUGGGCAAAACCAUUUCUGUGGACUACCGAACAGAAGACGGCACCGCCAACGCUGGCUCGGACUACGAGUUCACAGAGGGCGUGGUGAUCUUCAAGGCUGGUGAGACAAUGAAGGAGAUCCGUGUAGGUAUCAUUGACGAUGACAUCUUUGAGGAGGAUGAAAACUUCCUGAUUCACCUUUCCAAUGUCAAGGUGUUGACAUCAGAAGGCGAGGAGCCCGAGGAAGGCGAGUCCGCUAAUCAUGUGGACUCAAUAGCGUGUCUCGGCCUACCCUCCACAGCGACCGUUACCAUCUUUGAUGACGACCACGCCGGCAUCUUUACGUUCGAGGAGCCUGUAUUCCAUGUGAGCGAGAGUGUUGGCACCAUGGAGGUGAAGGUGCUGAGAACGUCGGGGGCUCGUGGCGUGGUCAUGUUGCCAUUCAAGACAGUGGAGGGAACAGCACGAGGUGGCGGAGAGGACUUUGAAGAUGUUCACGGCAUCCUGGAAUUUCAGAACGACGAGAUCUUGAAGAGCAUAACCAUUAGGAUCUUAGACCGGGAGGAGUACAAUAAGCAGUCCUCCUUCUACGUGCUGCUUGAAACCCCCCAAUGGAGACGCAGCGGGAAGGAACGGACAGAGGAACAGCUGAAGGAACAGAAGGAGGAAGAAGAAGCGCUGACGGGAAAAGAUGAAGAGGAGCAGCGCAUUGCUGAUAUGGGCCGUCCCAUGCUGGGAGACCACGUCAAACUGGAGAUCAUCAUAGAGGAAUCAUAUGAGUUCAAAAACACAGUGGACAAGCUGAUAAAGAAGACCAACCUGGCUCUGCUGGUAGGAACCAACAGCUGGAGAGACCAGUUCAUAGAAGCCAUCACUGUGAGCGCAGGCGAGGAUGAUGACGACGAGGAGUGCGGGGAAGAGAAGCUGCCGUCAUGUUUCGACUACGUUAUGCACUUCCUCACCGUCUUCUGGAAGGUUAUUUUCGCCUUUGUCCCGCCCACAGAGUACUGGAACGGCUGGGCCUGCUUCGUCGUCUCCAUCUGCAUGAUCGGACUGCUCACCGCCAUGAUCGGGGACCUGGCCUCUCAUUUUGGCUGCACAGUGGGCCUGAAAGACUCAGUCACCGCAGUAGUAUUUGUGGCAUUGGGAACCUCUGUACCAGAUACCUUUGCCAGUAAGGUCGCUGCUACCCAGGAUCAGUAUGCAGAUGCGUCCAUCGGUAAUGUGACAGGCUCUAACGCUGUUAAUGUUUUUCUGGGCAUUGGGGUGGCGUGGUCCAUUGCUGCCAUCUACCACAGUAGCAGGGGGGAGGAGUUCAGGGUGGAUCCUGGCACACUGGCCUUCUCCGUCACGCUCUUCACCAUCUUUGCCUUUAUCGCCGUCGGCACGCUGAUGUACCGGCGGCGGCCAGAGAUCGGUGGAGAGCUGGGAGGGCCCCGGACAUCGAAGGUCCUGACCUCCAUGCUGUUUUUUAGCCUGUGGCUCCUCUACAUCCUCUUCUCCUCACUGGAGGCCUACUGCCACAUCCAGGGCUUCUAAGAUGACAGGAGAUGACGAAGAAAAAGGGUGGGACAGAAGGAGAACAUGGAGCAAAAAAAAAAACAAGGGAAGGUGAAUGAAUGGAUGGAUUUGGAAAUUAAAGCAGUCUCAUUGAUCGAUCACUCCCUCCCUUUACGCAAUAGAUUAAAUAACGGAUGAAUGGAUGGAUGUAGAGAUGAAGAAAUGGACACAUUAAAGCAUCUAAAAACAGAAUGGCAGAAACCAGAUGCUUGAAAGGAUGAUGGCAAACAGGAAAAUCAUAGGAAUAUGGAUGAAAAAGGAAUAAACUAAGGAAUAUGUUUUUUUGUCUUUAUCUAUAAAUCCAAACCAAUCAAGUUGUCUUAAACCCACCCCCGUUUUAAAUACACUAAAACUAAUCCCCAAGACACACAAUGUGUCUCAGAUGGUUCAACCAUACAGAAAUGAAGAAUAUGAGUUUUAACAAAACGAGGAGCGGAAUGUUAAACUAGACCGACACACAGCUCCUAGGUUGUGUGGCUUCACGAACAGCAAUCCAGUUAAUCCCCCUCCAGUUGGAGCAAUGCAACUCCCCUGUUCAACUACUGUAACAGGCCCGAGUGAGACAGAAAAGGACAGAAUAAUUAUCAGUAUGGACAUGCAUGACCAGAAGAUACCGAAAACACAAUCAGAAGAAACCGGAUGUAUUGCCACAACUGUUUAAUGACAACAAACUGUGUGUGUGCUGGUGUGUGACUGUGUUUUUCUGUGCUUGUGUGUUGUGGGAAGAUUGUCAAGUACUGUGAAAAAGAACCGCCUCUCGUUGUGCUGUCACUGCGUGCGAUGGUAAAUGCUUUCGUAUUUGAGGUCUUUUUGACUCCCACUCUGCCAGCCUGUAAAAAUGCUGUGUAAGACUCUUUUGUGGGUAGGCACGUUCAGUGAAAUGAAAUGUUUUGAACAUCACUGAGGUUUGAAAUGUAAAUACAAAGAGCUGAACGUACAUUACAGCUCCACUAUUUUCCUUCUGAAUGUCUUGGUUACGCCAUGUGCUCCUAAAAGGGCCCUCGUUCUGUUGCUUUAUACAGUAGAUGUAAAUGAUUUAAGGUCUAAUUUGAAUCAAGAAAGGGUUAGUGUGCUUUUACCUUUAAUAAGGCCAUGUCUGAGAAGACAAAAUGGCCACUCUACCGUUUAAAACUGUUAGAGAAACUGUUAUCAUUGCAUAUUUAUCUAGAUAACUCUUCUGUGUUCUUUUUGUUUUUUUAAACUGUGGAAUUCUGUUACCUGGUUUUCCACCUAUGAGAUUCCCACCAUCAUGUGUCAAUCGUAACAUUGCAAUAGACUUUGCAAACGUAGGUACCGUCCUCUGUAAAACCUCAUAGGCUGUCCUUUUCUUUACCGCAUCUGUCAUUGUUUUUCUCACUUUGAUGCCGCCUUCCCGUUGGUUCGCUCAACAGCUUGUGUCAUCCCUGUGUCUCUUAAGUACCUCCCCCUGGCUGGUCAGUGGACCAAUCCAAAUCCUCAAGGGCUUUGUAAGAAACAACCACUAAUUCCUAACCCUGACCCUUGAUGUAUGAUUCUUUGCAUAGAUUGGUCGUCAGGGGGCUAUUUAACAGGGAUUUCUGUUCCUUAACAUUAUGCACCAACUGCUCAAAUGUAAGGAUGCUUCUUCAGUGUGGCUUCAAAGGAAAAAAAAGACUACAUGACAGCUUCAUUGAGUGCAGAAUUAUCAGACCAAGUAGCCAUAGUUCAGCAUACUUUACUUCAGCAGCCAGUUUUCAGUCUUAACCAUAGACUGCAUAUUAAUGGACAGCACAUGUGUGACCUCACCCAUUGGUUUGUGGAAAUCUUCUAUCCGUCGCCGAGUUUGCCGUUACAGGCACAGCCAUCCUGGUUGCGGAUGUGACGAUUUUAGACAAGAGGGAGGAGUGAGGGAGGAGCUGUUUAUACUCUACGUUACGUUAAACAAUUUCACUGGCAAUAACAUCAUUGCCACGCCCCAAAAAGACCCCCUGCUUUAUUGCCAAUUUAAAAAUCAACGAGACCAUAAUUAAAAAAAUUAACAUAAUUUUGAGUUGCAGGAGACUCAAAACUAGCGAUUGAGACCAUAAACUCAUUAUGAAAAUGUUUACUGGUGUAAUAAAUCAAGUGAGAAGUGGGUGACUUUCUCAUGGACUUCUACAGAAACCAACCUCCUUUUGCAAUCGCAUGUGAAUUCAGAUAGAAUGCCGGUUUAAGGCACUUCUGCAUUUGUGGCACUUUGCCAAUCCGGAUGCGUUGUCCAUUAAUAUUUACAGUCAAUGGUCUUAACAUAUGAGCCAUCAGAUGAAGUAAUUGAAGUAUUUGCUGUUGUUUGAGAAGUAGGCCUACUAAGAGAUAUGGAUGAAUACUGUAGGGACAUCUGGCUUGGAGUACAUCUAAACUCAGAAAAACAGACACUGUUUAACAAGCUCAAAGAUGUUUUAAGACAAUUGUUUAUAAUACAAAAAGUUAGAUGAUUAAAUUUUCUUUACACUCUAUUCAAAUAGCUUCCCCUCUAGGACCUGUAUCACAAAGUGAGUUCAGCUCGGUCAGGCUCCCUUUGGGUUACAUGGCUGAUUCUGGAUAACCAGUCUUGAGUUCAUAACCAUGACACCUAAUACAACAGAUCAAAUAUCAUCAUAGACACUCAAAGCGCUUCGCAGUGGGGUACCUGUGUACCUGGAGAAAACCCACACACAUACAGCGAGCAUGCAAACUCCACACAGAAAGGCCAGGGACGACCAGGGUCCAAACCCGGUACCUUCUGAACCAUUGGGCCACCAUGCUGCUAGAGUGCAAAAGGAUAGCUAUCAGACCGAUCACUGUUGAGAAUCAGGACAAGACAGGAAUUAAAGAACUUUAGCACAAUAUAACAGUAAAUAAUUAUUAAAAAUAUGUGGUCAACUAGCUUCUAAAAUUCCUGUUAUAAAGUCAGAUUAGAUGUUUCCUUCCUCUCUAAUUAAAAUUGAUUCUACGAGUGUGCAAACAUGUUGCUCUGUGCUCUUUAUUACUUCUGUUUUUAUGGUACAGUGCUUUAGUCUAUUUUAGUUGUGCAGCAAAAAUUGCCAUGUUGAUCUACCCCAAUCAAAUGUGAACCAUUCCUGAUACCAGAACGCCUUGGUUCAGCUCAAAGUGUAACUGACUAACCACUAAUCUCACUUUAUAAUACAGGCAAUAAUAGCUUCUAUAAUCAAGUUAGCCAAUGUCAUUUUAUUAACACACACGUCGUCUCAGCCCUCUUUUUAAAUGAAUUUUGAGCUUGAAUUUGACCAAAAGUCUGUGUGCAUGAUAGGACAGGAGAUUUUCAUUUAGAAAAUUGUGCCAGUGGCUUAAAAGGCAACUAAGGGGUCUGUAAACAGUAGGUGUGCUUUUUCAGGACACAAGCUACCAAACAGGAGCUCAAGUAACAGCCGAGCUUCUUUGGAAACCCUUGUCAAGUGCUGGGCUAGCUAGUAGACAUGUAACAAUUCAACUGCAAAAGCCACAGAUGGACAAACUGACCCAGACAUUAACUGGCUCGGAAUCUUCUUUCAUUAAUAGACAGGCAAGAUAUAUAUGCUGAAAAAACUUCUUGGCAAACGAAACACAUAUAAGGGGCUCGAAAUCCUGUCCUGAAUUAUGUGUUGAAUAUAUAUCAUUAUGCCUGUCUCGACUGUCAGAGAGGUUUACACUUCAGACUGUUAACUAUUUUACUCUAAAACCACAGAGAUCUCAAAGUUCAAAAAACUUACUGUAUAAGUAGGCAUUCUAAAAGUCCAUAGUUUAUUGAAUGGCACUAUAUGCAUCUGAAUUGGCCAUAAUUUUCCUGCUGAUGUGUUUUUUACUUGAUGUGUAAUAUAAUAAGUAGUAUUCUAAAUGUCAUCUGUAAAGUGAGUAGUUGUAAUCCAUUUAAAACUUGGCAAAAAAUCUUGUCACAGACAGCCUGCAAUCCCUGUGAAAGAGUAGAGCUGAGCAGAGCCUUGGAUUGGACGAGUUUGGCAAAUUCACAGUAUCUUGAGGACAAGUUAUAUAUUAAUAAAUGUUCUAGGUUUUGUAACCUGGCAUGUAUUAUGCAACAACGGGGAAAUUAAAUGCCACGGGACGGUUUUGGUUAGAAAAAAAAGAAAGGGGAAAAGAACGUCACAUGCAGGACACCCAGACAACGGGACGGUUGUAGUUAGGAAGAGAAUUACGCGGAAAGGAACUGCAACACGCAAGACGCGAUCCCCGGUCUCCGGGGUGAAUGUCCUGUGUUGUUUGACCCAUCCCCCCACCCCCCACCCUGACCAACCCCCCUGCACAGAUUUUCUGUUUUUCAGUACUACCGUAAUCGUUCUGUGAUCAUGAAAUAGGCUUCCCAUUGAAAAAUAUUACUUCAAAAUUUGUAAUCAACACACAAAAAUAACGACGUUAACGGGACCUGUACACAAAUCAAUAGAUUGAAUAACGUGACCAUUCCACAAACUGCAAUUAGACUGGGCUGUAGAGAUCCACUCCAGAAUGAAAAUUCCAGUAGGCGAUGCUACACAGAGGUCCAGCCGCAGGACUUGCAUACUCAAAUCUGGCCAAACUCUGAUAAAAAACUCUAAUAAAUGUUCUGUAGCAUGCAAGCUUUUGAUAUUUGCAGCACCAAUGUUGCACAAUUUGGUAAUAAAGUAAACAACAAAACAUUUGUUUCAACUCUUGACAGCCAAAGUGAAGUAUAAAUGAGAUUUACUUAGGCUACUUAUUACUUGUAUUUGCCAAACUCUGCACAACGUCCGGCCCUCCAUUAGAGUAGCCGUUCUCUUUUGAAGGCCUUGGAGUGGCAGUUUACCCCUGUUUUUCCAAAGGGAAAUCUUUCUAUCAGAAACUUGCAAUUUGCAGUCUGGACUGUAAAGGGUUUUCUAACCAAGGGAACUUUCUUAAAACACCAAAUAUUAUUCAUCUUUCAUUAACACUUUGAAAGGAGACUUGAUGUUGUUUUAACCCAACCAGAAUCUUUCUAUUUAAAUUUGAAUUCAUUUGUCUCUUCACUGGCAUGGAGCUUAAGGUUUAUACACUGUAACACGUUAUGCUAGCUUGUGCAAAAAAAAAAGAAAAGAAAUAACAUUGUGGAAGCUGUAACUUUAACAGGGUUUAAAUUAUCUCUGAUAUUGCUAAAUUAGGUUGGAUUUACUUCAAAUGUGCCCAUUGCCUAAUUUGUCAGAGUGAACUUGCGCAGGAAUAAAAAGCUUGCAGUAAUGUAGUUGUUUGCAUCUAAUUAGUUUUGCUGCACAAUUCUUUCAGAAGCUAACAUUUGUCAUUGAUGGGAAGUUAGUUUCUUUUGCUACACCGGCUUUGUUGCAGCGCCUCUCUCAGUGUAUCUACCUUGACUUGAAGGCUAGUCUGUUAGCAUAAAGCUAAUGGCAGGUUAUUGACAGCUGUUCCAAGCCCCACAAGGUUUAGACAAAGGUGGGAAGCUAACACGGUUAACAAAAUGUUACAAGUGACUAACAAGUUUGACCUGCCAUGAUUGUAAGCGACCAGAUUCUUUAUUUUCGAAAGCAACUUCGUCAGGCAAAGAAUCACGGUAGCACUUUUGUCGUUCAAAGUUAGCUUCCUGCCUUGGUUUGAAUUUUGAGGUUUGAAAGGUCAAAGGUUAGCCGGGCCACCGCUGUAAAUAUAACACUAAGUGCAAGCAAUUGUAGAAAAAUCAACUGUAGACUACGGUAAACUUGUUUAUUCUUCUGUGCCGGGGUUUGAAGAAGUGGGCCGAUUUUAAAAUGAAGGAAAAGCUUUGCACUGGUUCUUUUUGCUUAAGUGAAACGGCCACUGUGUUGUUUCGUCGAGCACUAAUAAAGUUGCUUCUGAUAUAAACAACAACAACAUUUUUGGACUGAUGUACACACUAAUAACGUUGUACCUAAUGUAAAAGAAAAAGAAGAAAAAAAACGGUUGUGAAUCAGUUGUGAACCAUUAACAACGUUGCUUCUGAUGUAAAGAUUGAUGUUGCAUUUCCGUUUCCUCGUGUACUUCUUAACCGACUGUCUGACAGACUGAGGAAUAAAUGAAUGCAACAGACAGGCGAACGAAAGGACGGAAGGACAAACACCCCUGCUGGUACAAGCUGAGCGAUGUCGUGCUGAGACGUUGCUACAGUGCUUAUUGUACUGUUGGACAACAACAAAAAACAUUACCAGAGCUAUUCUCUACCCUUGAAGUAACAUUCAACAAGUACAAUGUAAAGUGACGAUAUAAAAGAGAGGAAUGAGGAGAAGGAAGACGAGGAGGAAGAAGAUGAACAUUAAAGAAAAGAAGAAAAAAAAAAAACAUGAAGUUACAGCCAUACAUUGAUUUCUGGGUCAGUGAGAUUGAAAUGGACUUCUCCUGCCCAGCAUGUGUAUUGUUAUGGUGUCUAUCUGUCCCUCUGUGUCUCUCCCCUCUCUUUCUCUGUCUCUGUGCUGCCAAAGUAACCAAAACUGGCAGCAAACCGUUCAUUCAGUCUUUUCUUCCCUUCUUCCCAAUUCCCGUUUUAUCCUCCGUCUCCCUAUGCCAUGUUUUCCAUAUUUUGGAAUGUCAAUGUGCUACUUGUUGACACUGUGCAUGAAUGGUAACAUGUCUGUAUAUAGUUAUAGAGAAUUGUAUCCCAUUCCCCUGGUGUUGACAAAAAAAGGUUUGAAUGUUGUACAGAUUCUGGUUUUCUGUUCAUCUUUUAUUCUGUUCAGUUACAUUUUUUUUAAUGUAUGUAGAGCUUAAAAACAAUAUGUUUUUAAUUUAAAGGAAGACGUAACUUGCACAUUAUUGAUGAAAUUAUUAAGGGUUUUUUUUGUUAAAAGGGCAAUAUCUGCUGUUAUUGAAUGAGAGAUGAGAUCUUAGAGGAGUUAUGUAUCUUAAAUAAAUAAUCUUUACGGACCUUGCAUGGGUUAUUUGUACAACAAAAAAAAGACACUGCUUGCUACUUCUAAUACCGUGGCUGAAUUCUCUGACAGAGGGCAAGUUAUACUGUAUGUAGUAAAUCUAAAGGUUAUUUUGUCAUUAAAGAAAUAAUAAUAAUAAUAAUAAUAUUAUUGUGUAUAUACUGUACAGUGUUACAAGUGAGGUGGACUAUAUGGCCAUCACGCUAACCGUUGGGAAUUAAUUCUUCAUAUUUAUUUAAAGGAAACAAAAACACUCACUACACUCAAGAAUGACAUAUAUUGCCUUUUUUGAAAAGUUGUAGUUUGCUUAAAGUUUAUCUGGCUUGCUCUUCUCACUCAUCCGCUUUCUUCUUCUGUGGCUGGUUUAUCUGUCUUUUUUUUCAUUCAUCUCCUGUGGUCUUUUCUUUUUAGAUUGGAGGGGUGGUUUCUAUUUUAGAUGAGUAUCAGUAUCUCUAAAUCUGCUGGUAUUCACCUGUUUUCUAUCCAUGUCUACAUAUCAGUGCAAUAUAUAUGCCUAGGCCCCCAUCUGUUUGAGUCGUUUCAAGGAUCAUUUGUACUCUCACUCAUACUUGAGUCUCUGAUUCAGAAACGUCUGUCUUUUUUUUUUUUUUGCUUACUAAAUCUUUACAUCUUUUUCCACCUCCGCCCUGCUCUUCGCUCUCAUAGGGUGUAGUUGGGAAAUUUCAGUUUGUCAAUUUUAUCCGGUGUGUAUUUUAAAAUGGAACAAUAAUCGCAACAGUUCUAAUGUUGGUAAUAAUGAAGAUUAAUAUUUUUCUUUCUAUGUCUUGAUUAAUGUUUAUUUUGUAUUGUUUGCCGCUGUCCUGUGUGUGCCUGUGUUAAUUUCUGUGUUAGUUUAUUUCUAUUAAUUUUUGUUGAACACCAACUGAUCAGAGGAAAGUUGAUGUAUGUGUGUUGCCACUAACUGUGACUGCUCUCCAUGGUACUUCUGAUAAAACCAAUAAAAUAAAGUUUGGGAUACCCUGUUUCAGAGA